AUGGCAAGCACAGCCCCCCUUACCGCAGCCCAGAAGGUUAUGACUUCAAACCAUCUGAUCACUCAAAUUCUCAUUCAGCAUGAUAAGCUGAACGAUGUGGAUUCCGACGACUUGAGCUACCGCCCCUCGAGUUCCAGCUCUUCGAGUUCCAGCUCCUCGAGUUCCUGCUCCUCGAGCUCUGAAGACGAAGAUGAUGAGCCUUCUCGCUCGCAGAUGUUGCUUAACUAUGCUCGUAUCAACCGGACAUGGUUCUAUGAAUCAAUGUCUCGGCUUUGGGCUCAUGGAACGGCAACAAAGUCCGUCGACCUCAAGCGAGCUUUACGAAAAAUCAGUCGGGCUAGACGGCAGCUCUAUGCCGACCUCAUUCAAAGCGGCUGCCUAUGGAGUCCAGUCAGAGCCAACCACCAGCUGAACAACCGGUUCUAUCGGGGAAUUCAGUUCCCGAAGCUCCGCCACGUGGUAAUUCUGAUCAAACAGGAGAUAAGACAUGGCUUCCAGAUGCCACUUAUCAAUGCGCCGCUCCUGGAAGCGCUCUACAUCCGGCUGGGGGUGAUGACCCAGCCACCACAAGCCGUCAGCUUCACCCCCGUGGCGAGAGCUGGCAACUUUCAGUCACGGGUGGCGAUCCUGCUUGCUGCCCAUAUUCAGAGAGCGCAGCAGAGCUGUCGGCUGGUGGUGAUCGGAGAUGAGCUGCGGGUGAAAGACUCCAUCCGCGCAAGGUGGGAGGUCAGUCUCCCUGGGACCAAGCUCGCUCGUGGGCCCCUUUACAGCGACGAGGAGGGUGAGCUCCUCAAGGACUGGAUCGACCGGCUCAUCUCCGGGCAGGAUGUGGAGCGGGAGGACGGGGAGGAGGAGGAGGAGGUGUGA